GCACUGGAAGCUGGAGUCAGCGCACCUGCUGCAGUGGGUUCGAGCGAAUGGAGCAGUGAGGGAGCUGCAGUAAUUAAUUCCUGUUGAUAAACUCAGAGAGAAAAUAACAUUUAAAGUACAGAUCUCGUAUUGGGAAAACCGAAACGAGUGUAGAAAAUAUCAAUUGUAAUUUAUGUCUUGGAUUUGGAACAGACAGUUAAACUCUUGGAUACCUAUAUUUUAACUGACCUGUUUAUCAUUGUGUUAUUUAAUAUUUGAGUUUUGAUGUAAUUCGAAGAAGCUGCUGAGGUUUAAACGAAGACUCCAAAUGAAUUAACAAUCUGUGCUCAUAAUCCGAUACUUGCUGAAUGGACUUUGACGCUUCGGAAUGCCCAGGAAGUACUUUUGGAUAUUGCAGUGAAUGUAUCAGAUUUUCUGAUACAAACUGACCUGAGUUUGUAACCCUGUGGCACCUAUUGGAAGGCGAAAAACAACAAUAACGGUCUUCAAAGAGCCCCAAUAAAAUGUGGAAGAGCAAGCAAUUUCUGUGGAUUCGAAGUUUCUGCUCAGCGCUGUCUCUCUGUGUACCGAUGAGCAGAUUUGGAAAUGCUGAAGAAAAUGAUUUGAAGAUAGCUGGAACCUCAAAACCAGAUUUCUCAUGUGUUGAUGUCGAUCGCUUCUAUGACCAUUAUGUGUGGACAAAGCAGGAGCAGAAACAUCAUUUGUUUUGUCCUCUGAGCAAGGAACUGCUGCAGUUGAUACCAUCUGCCUCAGGAUUCACUGUCGAGUGGAGCAAGAACUGCCUUCCUUUUAACAUUAACCAGAGUUCACAUAUAACUAACAGGACCUAUCCAAAUGGGACUGCAUUUCUCACAUUCCAUACCCUCCACAACACUGAUGCUGGGAAUUACACUUGCGUAGUCAGCUUGAACGGACAGAGAUAUCACUCCUUCACCAUGCAACUCCGAUUAGAAGAUAGUCGCUGUGACGUAGCUCCUACAUUCCUGUCUCCCUCUGGAAAUCAGACUUACAAUCUUCCUAUUGGCUCAUGGAUGAUGUUGAAUUGUACAGUGAAGCUACUCUAUGACCAGAAGUUCAAUUGGUGUGACCCAAGCAUCGAGUGGAGUAAGGAUGGGCAUGUGAUCAUGAACAGUAGUAAAUACACCUGCACUGAGGAGACCAGGUUUAAUCAUAAUGCUUCAGAGAAGUUUCUCUCCAGUCUUCUGAAUGUCAGCAUGAUGGACGAGGGUGACUAUGGAAUCUUCAUCUGCCUCAUAAGAAAAGGAUCAGCAACCUUCACAUUACAAAGAGAUUACAAUGCUAGCCAUGUGCCAGCUCUACUGGGUGCUUUCCUGGUGCUAUUUGCAUUGCUGCUGGCUGGAUUACUGUAUGUGAAGUGUCGGCUAGAUCUGCAACUCUGGUACAGAAAUAAAUACGGAGAAUUUGAAGUGAAUGAUGGGAAGUUGUAUGAUGCUUAUAUAUCCUAUGUGUCUGCUGAUGAUGACCGCAAAUUUGUCAACUUCAUCCUGAAGCCACAUCUGGAGAACAGAUAUGGAUACAAGCUACACUUGGAUGAUCGUGACAUUCUUCCAGGAUCAGAGCCCUCAGCAGAGCUGAUAAUGAACAUUAGUCGCUGCCGCCGUCUGAUUGUAGUGCUGUCCAAAGCAUACCUGGAACAGGACUGGUGCAGGCUGAACUUUAGGGAAGCUCUAUGGCAGUUGAUGGAUCUCUCCAGGAGGCCCAUCUUCAUCAUGUUUGAAAGCCAGUACAGGGAACUGUCUCACCCAGCUAUUCAACUUCUCAAAUCACAAAGGAAAAGCUUUACUCUCCUACUGUGGACUUCCACAUCAAUGACACCUUCUUCUGAAUUCUGGAAACAAUUACGAUUGCUCUUGCCUCGGAAAAUUCCUCACCGAUGUGUUAUGGCAGAUCCCCAGACUCGACUCCAGGAUGACAAGGAUCCUAUGCUGAUCCUUAACCCAGAUUAUCUGGACUGCAGAUCUGACCCUGAUCCUGAAGGGGACUUGGGAGUGAGAGCACCGAUUUAUAAAGGCCCACCCCCACCUGUAUUCGCCCUUCCUAAAACACCAAAGACUAAUUCCAGUGCAGAGCCUCCUUGUGAGGACACGGAAAGAAGUGAUGUGGAUAUUGCAGAUCUGGGAUCUCGAAAUUAUGGAACAAGAACAGAUUUCUAUUGCCUUGUAACUGAAGAAGAUAUUUGACUGGGGGUGAUCACAGUGCAGAGCAGUGAACCAUCCGUUCCAGCCCCAAGAUGGCUGUCAAUCAAGCAUCUCUACCAUACAAUCCCCUACAAUCAGUCUUUUUUUUAUUUAGUUAAACAUUCAGUGCACAGCUGUUCCUGAGUAUUUUCAUCCUAUAUUUUGAGAGGGGGAAAUGUUGCCAUGAUAUAACCAAUUCUAAAGACAAUUUUUAUUUGCUCCAUUCAUGCUACAUUAUCAUAUUAUAGCUGGAAUUCUGCCCAUUCAAAACAGGUGGAAUGUUUUAAAAACUUUGUAUACAUGAAAGUAACCAUUCAAUAUUGUUUUGACAAUGCCUGAUCUUCCCUGAAUGUUCUGUACAUGGCUGGAGAAGCGGGUCGUGAAGUUAAAUGAUGGAUAGUGCAUUUUUAGGAAUCCACUAUAUCUCCAGAGCAAAGGUCGGCCUGAAGGUCUGUGAUCACGUCAGAAAUUUCCCACCACUGCCUUGCAAGAACUGGGCCUCCCACUGCUUCUGAUCUCCAUCAUGGAGUGAUGAAAGGGGACAUUCUGCAUAUCCCCUUCUCACUAUUCUCAUUGCUGCCUACAUGUACCUGAAAUUGUUGCAUUUUUGAUCCCUAACACUCUGAAUGCUCUGAAAUCUUAAUCUUAGAUGGUAAUCCUAAUCAGGGCAAGUAUGCAAUUAUUGAGAUGCUGGAAGACAUGUUAAUCUGUAGGGUUGUUUUUUGGUGGUAUUGUCUUUCAGCUGCUUAGAUGAAAAUGACCAUUCUUUAUUUUAUUAUAUUUCCUCUUAUCUUCCUCUGUUGCAAUGGAAAUAGGCCCAUUAGGUGAAGUCUCUCAAAAAUACUUUGCCAUCCCAGCAAAGGAUUUUAGCUGUAUGUUAAUUAUAUAAUUCCUUCCUAUAAUGCUGUGACAAAUGCAAUGCUUUAAACUGUUAUCUUCACUCAUUGGCUCAUAGAAGUAACUGUUAAACUGUUUCGCUCAUUUGCUCUUUAUCUUCAUUUCUAAAAUGCAAAAUGACUUUUUUAAAAUGGCUUUAAUUGGUUGUGCUUUCACUUUCAGGGCAUUUUAUAUUUGAAUAUCUGGGCCUUUUGUGUUUCCUACAUAUUCCCAUUAAAUAUGUAUUCCAAUUUUUUUCCCACUAACCCCAUGACAAAUAUCAUCUCACACUUAACUGCAUUAACUUUCAUCUGCCACCUGCUGACCUAUUCUGCUAACUUGUCUGACAGUAAAUAAAGAUUGAGAUUCCUAGUGAAUGCGGACAGCACUGACCAAUCGCUUCAGAGCAUCACUGCUUUCCCUUCUUCAAUCUGAGCAAUAAAAUCUAAUAAUAGCCAUUUACAUACAAAUGGAGGCCAUUUCAUGACAUCUUCUGUCUGCCAUCCAAUUUAGUUUGUUCAUUCUUAAACGAUGUAGCCUCUUAAGAGAUCAGUUUUGCACUAAUUCUGAUGCAAAUAAGAGGUCAAUUAUGGAAAAAUAGGGAUACCCGCACCUUUUCUGUUCUGCUUAGCCAUAAAUGAAUUGUAUUAUGGCCUUUCCUUGCUUGCCAGCUCAGAAAUCACUAAUGUAUGAGGAGGAGGAGGAGGAGGAUCCAGAACCUGGGCUUCCUUAGUUUAAAGGAGAUGAAAAUUGUGAGACAGGUCAGUGGUUGGUACUGCUGCCUCACAGCGCCAGGGACCCCUGUUAGAUUCUGGCCUCGGGCACCUGUCUGUGUGGAGUUUGCGUGUUCUCCCUGGGGUUCCUC